CUCUGUCGCUGCUGCAUGGCAGCUGUAUCCAUGGCGACAAGAUAAAGCUGCCUGAGUGUUCACGUUUUGUUUAUGUUUUCGGGGUCAUUUUGGUCAUUUUUAACACUCUAGGUGAUAAGUUGGGUGUCGUUACAGCCUUGUGAGACACAUUGUGUGAUACUGGAAAGCUUUUGGGUAAUUUAUGGUUACCACUGCGACUUCCGUGUUUGCCUGUUUACGCCUGGGUGGACAGACUGUCAGAUGGAGCAGUGGGGUACAAUCCAACGGCCGCUUCCAUAUUUAAUUGCUCUUUCAUUCUGGAAACUGAACCAUUUCUUGCGCUGAUCUUGGAUACUGGAUUUCAUCUGUUGUUUUUCAAUAUCCUUAAUUACCUACUGUCCAAUUUGUAAUCAGCAGUGUGUCUUUAGACAUGGAGGACUCAGACAUCCGACAACAGAAGCUGGAAAACCAGCGAACCCUUUUGAUGAAAAAGCAGCAAAAGAAGAGGGCUGAUUGUCAGAUGGUGGUAGCCAAUCGGGACACUCGCCAAAAGCCAAAAAACCGAAAGCAUAAAGCUACGCACUCUGAUGAAACACCUCUGCUGAUCAGCCAAUCCCUGAGCAACACUUCACUUAGUGAUCAAGUUGAACAUGCCCAUGAUAACCCCUUGGAUGAGAUCACAUUGGGUGAAUGCGACAUGACAAUGAACAUGACGUUGGAUGAGCCUUUAGAGAAGCAUGUUGCUCCCAAGAAAAUGAACUUGGAAAUCGACAAGGAGCCCGAGGUGAAGUGUGAAGUGGAGAGUGAUGCUCAUGUGGAGGAAAAAAAGACAAGGAAGAAAGAAGUGAAAAAAGAAAAAGCCAAACAGAUGGAACAGACUGAUGAAAAGGAUAUGGAGAAGGAAAAAUACAAGGAGAAAAAAGCUAAGAAGAAAGACAAAGUGAAAGAAUCUGAAGACCCACAGAAGACAAACAAGACAACAAAACAAGAGCGUAAAAAAAAGAACUCAACCCAGGAGAAAGAGUCAGUGGCAGAGGUGGCAAGUCCAAAGAAGAAUAAACGUGAUGACAGUGACAUUGAGGAGGAAGAGGAGUCCCAGACACCUGUCCCACAGUCACCUAAGAGGAAAAAACAACUGGACACAUCCAGGUGCCAAAUAAGUGACGAGAGCAAAGAGGAGGAAACCCAGGACAAGGAACAAAAAGGAAAAAAGACAAACAAAGAAGAGAAAACUACCCCAAGUCUGGCCUCCCUUAACUCCAACUACAGGGAGGGUUCAUCCUCAGGCAGCGAAUCUAAUGAAAGAUCAUCAUCUCCGAUGUCAGUGGAGGAUCUUGAGAAAUUUGCUUUGCGUCCAGCUCCCAGAGAUGUGACGAUCCAGUGUCGAGUGACCAGGGACAGGAGAGGCAUGGAGAAAGGCAUUUACCCGACUUACUACCUCCACAUGGAGAAGGAGGAUGGCAAGAGGGUGUUUCUAAUGGCAGGCAGGAAAAGGAAGAAGUGCAAAACAUCCAACUACCUCAUUUCCACCGACCCAACAAAUCUGUCCAGAGACACAAGCUGCUACAUAGGAAAACUAAGGUCCAAUGUUCUGGGUACAAAGUUCACAGUCUAUGAUGGGGGUGAAAACCCAGAGAAAAAGCCUUUCAUCAAAGAGUGUGAAUCGGUGCGGCAAGAGCUGGCAGCAAUUUGCUAUGAGACAAAUGUGCUGGGUUUUAAGGGCCCCAGGAAAAUGAUGGUGAUCAUCCCAGGCAUGUUGGAGAACGACGAAAGAGUGGCGAUUCGUCCAAAAAAUGACCUCGAGACUCUGCUGGUUCGCCAUGCGAACGGCAACACAGACAAACUGGUCACCCUGGUGAACAAAUCCCCAAGCUGGAACGAACAGACUCAGUCAUACGUGCUUAACUUCCACGGACGUGUCACCCAGGCCUCCGUCAAGAACUUCCAGAUCAUCCACCCUGACAACGACGAUUACAUAGUGAUGCAGUUUGGUCGUGUAGCUGAGGACGUCUUCUCCAUGGAUUACAGCUUCCCUUUGUGUGCCCUGCAAGCCUUUGCCAUCACCUUGUCGUCCUUUGAUGGCAAACUGGCCUGUGAGUGACUCAUGCUGGUGUGCCUCAAGUGCUUAACUAGAUCCCUGAUCUAGAUUGGAAACAAACAAACAAACAAA